CCAUAGCUUCCAAGUUUCAAUCUUUUUACUUUCUUUCUCUAACAAACACUAAAAUACAAAACCCCUUUUGUUUUUCUUCAAAAAAAAGCUACUUAUCAUCGCCGAUCGUUUGUUCAAUUCUUGGUUUUUCUUAAUACAGCCGGCCAAGGGAACGAGGGGUUAAUCGGGCUUCGUUUAUGGAUAAUACGAAGUCGUAUCAACAGAGACGAGGGAGUUUCGUCCCUCUAUCGCCAACACAAAUGCUCUGGUCGAGUGAAAAUGGUACAAGUAACAAAGAUGACAAAGAGAAAGGCGUUAAUGUGCAAGUUGUUCUGCGUUGCAGGCCACUUAGUGACGAUGACGUGAGGGCAAAGACACCUGCUGCGGUUACAUGUAACGAGGAUAAACAAGAAGUAAUCGUUACUCAAAACACGGGUAAUAAGCAGUCAGAUAAAACGUUUUGUUUCGAUAAGGUGUUCGGUCCGGGCACAAAACAAAAGGAUUUGUAUGAUCAAGUGGUUGCUCCAAUAGUUAAAGAAGCUCUUGAGGGUUACAAUUGGACGAUUUUUGCUUAUGGGCAAACGGGUACCGGAAAAACUUAUACAAUGGAAGGUGAAGGUGGAAAAACAAAGAAUGGAGAGUUUCACGAGGACGUUGGAGUUAUUCCAAGAGCCGUUGAGCAACUUUUUAACAUUCUCGAAGCUCAAAACGCAGACUACAGCAUGAAAGUGACGUAUAUCGAGCUUUAUAACGAGGAAAUAACAGAUCUUUUAGCUCCUGACGAAAAGUCGAAAAAACACAUAUCUUUAAUGGAAGACGGGAAAGGUGCGGUUUUCAUGCGAGGGUUAGAAGAGGAACUCGUAUCUAGUGCAGAUGAAAUAUACCGAAUCUUGGAAAAGGGUUCGUCAAGAAAACACACGGCUGAAACACUUAUCAACACACAGAGUAACCGAUCGCAUUCGUUAUUUACCAUCACUAUUCAAAUUAAGGAAAAUACUUCAGAUGGGGUGGAGAUAAUCAAAUGUGGAAAGCUAAAUCUUGUGGAUCUUGCUGGUUCCGAAAAUAUAUUACGUUCUGGUGCAAGGGAGGGAAGAGCAAGGGAAGCCGGUGAGAUCAACAAGAGCUUGCUUACUCUCGGGCGUGUAAUAAAUGCACUGGUCGACCACUCGGGACAUGUUCCAUACAGGGAUAGCAAAUUAACAAGGUUAUUAAGAGAUUCCUUAGGAGGGAAAACAAAAACAUGCAUAAUAGCUACCGUGUCACUUUCUAUCCACUCCCUCGAAGAAACACAAAACACGCUGGAUUAUGCGUACCGCGCUAAAAGCAUCAAGAAUAGACCAGAGGUUAAUCAUAAGGCGACAAAAUCAGUAGUCGUUAAAGAACUCUACACGGAAAUCAACAGUCUCAAGCAAGAACUGCAUGCCACGAGGGAGAAAAAUGGCAUAUAUAUACCGCAUGAUCGUUACCUGAGUGAAGAAGCUGCCAAGAAGGAAAUGGCUGAGAAGUUAGAACUAAAAAGUAAGGAACUAUUGAAUCUUCAAGAACUCUUCUUUUAUCAACAAAAGUUGACUACAGAAUUAAGUCAACAACUUGAAAACACUCAGAGAGAACUCCAGGAAAGCAAGAAAGAUGUGACGGGGCUAAACCAUAAAUUAAAACAGGCGAAUGCGAUGAUAAAAGAGAAAGAAAAUCUUAUACUCAAUCUUCUUGGAUCUGAAAAAACACUCACUGAAAGAGCGGUUGAGCUACAUAGUGAGCUUGAGAAUGCAACAUCAGAGGUAUCCGGCUUGUUCGCGAAAAUCGAGCACAAGAACCACAUAGAAGAAGGAAAUAAAAUGCUAAUCCGGAGCUUCCAAACACUAUUAGCUCAACAUCUCGACGUUCUUCACCAGAUUAUCGUUUCUUCUGUGGCACACCAAGAGCAACAAUUAAAUGCAAUCGAAGAACAUAUGAAAUCGUUCUUAAAUGAGCAGGACAAGGCUAAUGAAGAGCUUCAAAUGCGCGUAAAAAAGGUUAAGGAUGUAUUUACGGGUGGAAUUCAAUCUCUGGCUGAACUAGCUACGGAGUUCAGUGGCCAUUCAAAGACGGCAUUCGACAACAUAAAUUCGGAAGUUGUUGAGCAUUCGUCUGCCCUUACAGAAUUGAUUAGAGGAGCUUCAGUCAAAGUCGGUGACAUACUUGUUGAUUUGCAUAGUAACCUUAACGAACAAGAGCAAAGUAUAUCUUCAUUUUGGCAACGACAACAUGAGAGCCAGUUGAGAGCAUAUCAGACAACUCAAUCGGCAUCUAGUAUUACUGUUAACUUCUUCAAGACUCUGAGCAAGGACAUCUUCACAGUGAUUCAAACGGUGGAAGAAGCACGAACUAUAUACGACCAGAAAUUAAGCGAAUUCAAGAAAAAGUUUGAGGACUAUGCCGAUGCUGAAGACAAACAACUGUUGGACAAAAUGGCAGAACUUUUAGCAAAUUCAAACACUAAAAAGAAACAAAUGGUUCAAACCGAACUAGAUGAUAUUAGCGGUUAUAUCGGCAGCAAAACCUACACGCUUCAUAACAAGAUGUCAAACAUGCAUGCUCUCACUUCCUCCACAGAAGACGAAUUUACAAGUUUCGUGGGAAAAAUAAAGAAACAUUAUGAUGAGGAUGAAAACUCGAUCCAGAAUGGGAAGAUUGGUUUGACAUCCAUGCUCCAAAGCUGGAUAACCAAGGCAAGAAUGGGUGAUCAACAUUGGAGGCAAGUCCAAGAAUCUCUAAGCGGAUUACAAAAAAGACAUAUAGAAUCUGUGGAUUCCAAAAUCAAGGGCGCCCUCGAAACCAACCAAACGGUUUACACUAGAUUUUCAUCCAUGGCUUCGUCAACACUUGAAGAAGUAGAUAUUGCACAAAGUGGCUCUCUCACAUCCAUUGAAUAUCUAUUGAGGUUUAAUCAUGAAGAAAAUGAGGGGAUAAAUUCCCUAACAAGAAUUUCUCGUGACGCUAUGAAAGUUAUGGAGACUGCUCAUUCUGACAAAAUAACCGAGAUCACGAAAGACGUUGAAAAGUGCUUGAUAAAUGACUACAAAGUGGAUGAUUCUGUGUUCUCGACACCAAAUAUCUGUAAAAAGUCAAACAAAGUCAACACAGAAGAAUUCAAAACUCCACCAUUUGAGGUUUUGAUGGAUGCAUUUAGAAAAGCCCAAUCAGAAAAACAAGAAAAUGGGGAUUUAAAUGCAAUUUCCAUUGGAGCUACUAAUGGAAGCUACUCAAGAGCAUACUCAACAUAGACGUUAACAAGAUCUUGAUAUGAUAUGAUACGAUAUUAACAUAUUUAAUGUAAGUAUAGAUGUUUCAUAGGACAAAUACGGAUCAUUUUCGAUAUAAAUUUGCUGGAAUAUAUGUUCAUAACCGGAGUUUAGCGUGAUAUCGUCGCCAAAGA